UUUUUUAAUUUUUCGCGUUUUUCAAUUUCGUUUUUCUGUUGUUGUCCUCUUUAACACACAUUAACCGGCUAAUUUAAAUUAACUAAGUACAUUGAAAAUAUUCAAAAAAGAAAUAAAUAUCGAUAUAUAAAAAGUUUUUACAAAAACCAGUAUUCGAAAAUCAAAAAGUUAAACGUGAAAUCCACAUACAAGCCCAGCUACUAAAGAAAUUGGUGAAAAACAUUUUUGAAUACUCAACUCCAAUAGCGAAAUAAAGUUAAAAAUUAAAAAAAAUAAACUCAGUACGACGAAGGUGGACGAUGGUGUAGUGCAAUAUUUUCUGUGUUACAGUUAAAAAAAAAAACUAGUGUUUGCCCAUAAUGAAAGCUGAUAACGACGAGAUAUCAACGAAACAAUAUCAACCAGGGUUACACCAUAUCGAGAAGUUAUCCAAUGAGAAAGCCGCUAACAUUUUGGAGGAUUUAUAAUGGACGGAAGAGAUAAAUAACACUUUGUUUGUGAGAGACUUUUGAAUGCUCGAGAGGAUAGAGGAUUCCAAAUUCAAACGACCCAAAACUAAAAAUAUAAAUUCAAAAAUCAUUUAAUACUACUCGCACGAGAAUAUUUGAAAAAGGUUUUAACUUAAAAAAAUGAAGUCAAAAACAAACUCAAAUAUUAUAAUGGAAAUUACUGAACUGAUAAAAUUAUUCAAUAAUAAAAAUAUCUUGCAAUAAUGUUAUAGAAAUUAAAUGCAAAAGACAUUCGCAUGUGUGUGGUGGUGGAAAGAAAAAUCAAAACAAAAUUCAUUAUUAGAAAGAGCAAAAAACGUAGAAGACGAAAAGAACCAAAAUUAUUAAUAUAACGAGUCAUCGUUAUUGAGAACAGCGUUAAAGUUGAGAACAAAAUUGUAGAUUUUGGCGAACUUGAAUCUUGAGACCCUAGCGGCCUUUGGAGAGAAGGAAAUCAAAAGCUAACGGUGUCGAAGCAACAUAGCUGAAAUAUCAAACACUACCAAGGAAAAGAGAAAGAUACACAAGUAUUAUAGUCAAACUCCAAUGAUUGAACAAACGAAAACAGAUUAGAAGUCAACUAGACAUUUUGCAUGAAAGAACAUUAAAAUAUUGAUAAAGGUUUUUAAAGAAUCAACGAGGCAUUAAACAAAACGACUUACUUUACUUUUGACAAAUUAAUUAUCUGCCAAGAGCUACCGAUCGGUUAGAUUGAGCGGAUAUUUGCAGAACUUUAUAUCAUUUAUUGGGAAAUUAAACACUUAAGUAAUGCCCUGGUGCCUCACAGUGUGCUAGGGUAUAACAAUACGACACAUUCGUAUAAGUACUCGCCCCACAGAGUGCGGCGAAUUGAGUAUACUUGAACAAGACACCAAAACCAAUACGACAAUUUAGACGAAUAGCAGCAAAACGGAAGGCGAAACUAUUAAAAGAAUAAUUCAACCUGGACUUUGUAGUUGCAUAUGUGUGAGUGCUUAUCUGAGCCUUAGCCAAUCCAACUAAAACAUUUCCAAGCAACAAGAGCAAUAGCAAUAUAACAGCAACAAAAGCAUCGAACAACGAAUAUCGACGAUUUCAAGAAGACGUGCUGCGUCAAAGUAUUGAAACCCUAACCCAAUCCAAACCAAACCGAACAAAAACAAAACACAACAACACCGAACAGAACCCAGAGCGAACACAGCGACAGCGGCCGUUGUAGAUAUUAGUAUAAAUCUAUUGUGGGAGUGUGAGCGCCGUGCAUUAGUGUUGGUAAUUGUCUGUUUACAGUUCACAUAAGUAUUAAAGUAAAUUCUACAACAAAAGCAAACAAGAAAAACUUCUGUGUGAAAGAAAGGCAAAAACUUAGCGAGCCAAUAGACGAUCCACGUACGUACACAUACACACUACAACUGCCAGCGUCGUCGUCAACUUUUGCUUGUGCCUGUGUCUGUGAGUGGUGAAUGUGUGGCUAUUGUACGCAUCCCAAAAGGUAGCAGCAGCGACGAAGGUAGCCGAGCAAAAGCAGAAGCACUGAACCAUUACGCAGCGACUUAACGGAGAAAACGACAGUAUUCACCACUAGCAAUCGCUGUCAGAGAAGCAUAACAGAGUUGGAGAUAAGCGUUUGUGUGUUUGUGAGUUAGUACCAGGUAGGACAAGAGAAAUCGAGGCAUUGAAACAGAGAGAGCUAAACUCGCGUUAACUGCGAGCUCUGAAAGAGAAUAAGGCUUUACUCAGACUGUUGGCAUCUUAUGAUGUCAUCGGAAGAGGACACAGCGUGUUUCGGAUUGUACAACGAUGAUAAGUUACUACUAAAGACGGUCACAACAACAGCAUUAUCCAAACUGGCAGAAUCCUCAUCUUCGCCGCCGUUAUUGGAAUUAGAAACCGAUUGUGUGGUAAAGCAAGAAACACCAUUACUAUUGCCACCCCCAACACCACCGUUACAGACGGCGAAGAGCGCCAAAAACAACACCAACACCAAUCAAAAUCACAACAACAAUAGUAAUAACACUAACGGCUGUAGUAAUAUAAGCAAAAUCAACAGCAUUAACAGCACAGCCAGCAACUGCACGGCUCUCGAAGAGGCACACGAAAGCGACCUUAUCGAAGACGACAACGACAACGGGAACGUCAACAGUGGCGACAACGACAACGACGACGACGAUAACGACGUCGUUGUCAUACUCGAAGGUGUCGCAAGCAGCAACGAGGGCGCAACUAAUAGUCAGAGACAGAAUCGCCUUCGUAACUGCAGCCGUAGUCGUAGUCGAAGUCGCAGUCGCAGCAGCGUCAGUGGCAGCAGUGGUGGCAAACAACAAGUCGUGCAAGUCGUGCACGUCACUGAACGAGCAAACGAAAGUAGUCCGUGUGGUGCCGUCAACAAGACAGCAACGUGCACCUCUAACUUAACAACGCGCUCCAAGUCAACAUCUGUAGUAAUAUCAUCGUCGAAAUCAAACAAAAAGAACACGUCCUUAUCGUCAUCGAGUGAAUAUCUUCUCAAUAAAAACAGUAAUUCGAAUCAUUUGAAUAGUAGUAAUAACUGUGCCAGUGCUAAUAAAAUACACGUGAACGGUAAUAGUCUUUUAGGUAUCGAGUCGAAAUUAUUUCCGGGAUUCCAAGAUAAUACAAGUCCAACGCCGUUGUCAUUGCCUUUAUCGGUUUCGCCAACGCCGUCAUCUCCGCUUUUGCCGCCAACAGCUACUGCCUUCAUGAGUAGUGCUGCUGCGGCUGUCGCGGGCGCUGCUGGAGGAGCUCUCUAUGGAGCCUUAUUGAAUCAGACAACUUCGUCGUCCAAUAAUACCAACGCUACUACUAAUAACAAUAAUAGUGCAAACGUUUCCGUAUCCGCUUCCUCAUCACCAACAGCAUCGUUGCUGUCGGGUAAUUUUACAGCGGCUCUUGGUAGCCUCUUCACAGCUAACGGUUUCGGUUCAGCAAAAAUGUUGAAUGAGCUAUUCGGUCGACAAAUGAAGCAAGCACAGGAUGCUACUAGCGGAUUACCCGCUUCUUUAGACAAUGCCAUGUUAGCCGCGGCAAUGGAAUCAGCCACUAGCGCUGAACUGUUGAGUGCAGCAGGAUUGGUGAAUAGUUUAGGCCUCAAUGCCACUAGUAAACUGCUCAAUAAUAAUACCAUAAAUAGUUUGAAUAGCUUAACUAAUGCCAGUGCGUCAGCGACUUCUGCUCUAAACAACGGCAAUGCAAUUGCUGACAAUCAGCAAUUGUUGAAUGCUACAUCUGCCUCUCAAUCGCCCAAGAACCGACGAGUGAGCAAUUGUAGUGAUCGAUCAUUGGAUGAAGUGAACUCGCGUGCCGGUGAUAUGAGCUCGCCACCGCGUGCUCCUUCUGCCAGUUCAACAUCGGUGGUACUGGGUGCUGUGAAUUCUACUGAAAGAAACUCUCCAAAUGUUCAGCAACAACAGCAACAACAACAGAACGAAUUAGCUCAUCAUAUGCUAAGAAAUAUUUUACAAGGUAAAAAGGAACUUAUGCAACUCGAUCAAGAGCUACGCUCAGUGAUGAAUCAACAACAACAGCUAGCUGAUAAUCAGAAUACGCUAAAGCAUAAUAAUAAUAAUGUGUCCGCUAACAAUAACAAUAAUUUGGAAGAUAAAGAUUCGAAUAAUGUAAUAAAUCUAUUGGAAGACACCAUGUCGGACAUUAAGAUUAAGUGCGAGCCAAAUCAGUUGCCAAAUAAUUCUGACUCUGCGACUGCAGAACGCAGGAAGUCGUCUGAUUCUGAAGUUGCCGAUUCUCAGCAGGAUGAUGACCAACAGUCUGAGGGUGAUAACAUGGAUCAACAGCACUUGGAGGAACAAGAUGAACAACCCCAUUCAAACUUAACAGUGGGAGUAACUAAAAAAGAAGCUGAUGACAUCUUAGAAGAUGUAGAAUUAAUGGGUCUGAAUUCGCGGUCCGACUUAGAGUCCUUGGCCUCACCUAGCCAGUCUGAGAUGAUGCUCUUAGAGAACAGCAAGGAUGAGUUGGAAGAAGAGCUUGAAAAGGAUGUCGCUGCUACCAUGUCCAAAAAACCAGGAAUAGAUAUGAAAAGAGCUCGUGUCGAGAACAUUGUCACUACAAUGCGUUCUAGUCCAACGUCUCACCAGUCGCACUUGCAAGUUAAUGGAUGUAAGAAACGGAAACUAUAUCAGCCACAACAGCAUGCAAUGGAACGUUACGUAGCUGCUGCAGCGGGUUUGAAUUUCGGAUUGAACCUACAAAGUAUGAUGUUAGAUGAAGAAGCUUCCAAUGAAAUGGAGUCACCCCAGAUUCAGCAAAAGCGUGUAGAGAAAAACGCUCUAAAGUCACAGUUGCGCUCAAUGCAGGAGCAACUAGCUGAAAUGCAACAAAAGUAUGUGCAAUUAUGUUCACGCAUGGAGCAAGAGUCAGAAUGUCAGGACAUUGACGAUACCGCAAGUGAUAGCAUGGAACAAGAUGACAAUGGAGGAGAUCUCUCACCAUCACCAUCUCUAACCGGUGAAUCAGGUAUAAAUGAUAAAAUUCAAACGGACGGAGAUCGACCGAGCUCUACUUCGCCUAAUUUGCCUAUAAAAUCUCGAAAGCAAUUAUCCUCGCAGAAUUCCAUAGCGCUAGAUAACGCUCCGAAUGUACUAUCACAAAUGAUGAGCAAAAUGAUGUCAUCGCGAUCACUUGUGGGGCAUCCACAUAUGCAGCAAUCAUUUAGCGGUCCAUUGCCAUUGCUGCAACAUAUGCCACAAAUGCAAGGCGACGCUGGAACUGCCCAUUUGUCUCAUCCCGCCAUAAGUAAUGCUGCCGCCAUGUACUUGGGGCAACAAUUCCUCUUUGAGCAGGAAGCGCGUAUGGCUAAAGAAGCUGCUGAGCAGCAAGAAAGACAACAACAGCAACAACAACAACAGCAACAGCAACAACAGCAGCAGCAGCAACAAGAGCAGGAACAACAAAGGCGAUUUGAACAGGAACAACAGCAACGUCGUAAGGAAGAGAAGCAACAACAACAACAGCAACAACAAGCCCAGCAACAAGCUGCACAACAACUUCAACGGCAACAUCAAUUGCAACAAUUGCAACAACAGCAUCUGGAGCAAACUACACCAACUGUAUCUAUAAACCAAACAGCACGCUCACAGCUACAUCACAAUCGAUUCCAGCAACGUCAUGCCAACCACUCCUCUCUGAAAUCCGAACUGUCGGAAAAAUUCAAUAUGUUGCGAUCGAGUUCUAAUUCGAUUAUGCGUAUGUCCGGAUCAGAUCUGGAAGGACUUGCUGAUGUAUUAAAAUCUGAAAUUACGACUUCGCUCUCUGCAUUGGUUGAUACGAUCGUCACACGAUUCGUUCACCAACGUCGUCUUUUUAGCAAACAAUCGGAUUCAGUAGCUGCAGCUGCUGAACAACUUAACAAGGAUUUGCUUAUGGCAUCCCAAAUACUCGACCGCAAGUCGCCACGUACUAAAGUUGCAGAUCGUACGCACCCUAAUGCCAUCAUCAGCAAUAAUUCCAAUAACCCCAAUUCAGCAUCAGGACAGCCUGUUGUCAGCGGAAACUCUGUGAAUGCUUCAGCAGUCCAAACAGGUAAUAAUGGUUCUCUUCUCCUAGUUAAUAAUACCUCCUCAACUAAUCAAUUAAAUAAUGGUCCAAAUGGUAAUGUGUCCACUAAUCAUCUGGGUCACUUGCAAUCCACUGUAAGUAACGGUCCCCAAAUGCAUGUUGGACCCGGGCCUGCGGUAUCAGUAGGUGGUGUGACGAUACCACAACACCCGCUCACAAAUAGCCAAGCAAACGUCAUGGCAUCCUCAAGUGGCCAGACAAAUGCGCAACACGCACAACAAAUAGCGCAAAUGUCAGCGUUGAAUGCGCAAAAUUGUCAAAGCCUCAUCGCCGCCCCGCGUCUCAAUGGCAAUCAGUUGUCGUUUCCAUCGCCGGCUGCGGCAGCAGCUGCAGCAAUGGGCCUGCAAAUGCAUCAUGCAGCAGCUGCAGCUGCAAUGACCGCAGCCGCUGCUAAUCAGCAAAAUCACAACCAACAGAUCACAAACGAUAAUUCUGGCCAGAGCCCAUUGAACCCGAGUAUCAACAUGAACUCGAAUCCAAAUACAAAUAAUACUAACAAUAGUUUAAGUACAAUUAAUAUACCACCUCCUCAUAUACGUCCUUCGCCCACAGCGGCAGCAAUAUUUCAGGCACCAAAGACACCACAAGGAUUGAAUCCGGUCGCUGCAGCUGCACUCUACAAUUCUAUGACCACCGGCGGUCCUAACCAAAUGAAUCCUUUCUGUAUGCCGGAGGCUCGUGACGUACAGCAGCAGCAACAGCAACAGCAACAACAACAGCAGCAACAACAGCAACAGCAACAACAGCAGCACCAACAACAACUGGAACAAAACGAGGCCCUUAGCUUGGUGGUAACGCCAAAGAAGAAGCGACAUAAGGUGACAGACACCCGAAUUACACCGCGCACAGUUAGCCGCAUACUUGCCCAGGAUGGAGUAGUACCGCCGAAUGCUGUAUCGGCCAACAACAUGUUAGACAACAAGUUCAUUUCCAUGGGCGGUCAACCCAAUCAACAACAACAGCCCAAUGCGAACCAACCGAAUUGUAAUGUACCAAACGCUGGCAGCAAUAGCGCCAAUGUCACGCCAGUCAACGUGAAUACCACCGGCAAUAUUGGCAAUAUCGGCAAUAAUAAUACGACGCCUGCACAGAGUUCUUCGCCACGUGCUCAAGCGCCCACCUAUCAUCCGCCGCCACCACCACCACCCAUGUUGCCCGUGUCAUUGCCCACUUCGGUGGCAAUUCCCAAUCCAUCGUUGCACGAGUCGCAAGUCUUCUCACCCUACAGUCCAUUCUUCAAUCCACACCCGCCGCAUGCGCCACCACCACCCCCGCAUGGUCCACAUAGUGGUGCGCACAACACGCCAACAGCUGCCCAAAUGCACCACAUGAAGAUGUCAUCCAGCCCACCCGGCCUCGGCGGUCUAAUGGACUCGCGCGAAUCACCGCCGCUGCCUCAUCCGCCCUCCAUGCUUCAUCCUGCCCUGCUAGCUGCUGCGCAUCAUGGCGGCUCACCCGACUACAGUGCGCACUUACGUGCCGCUAUGGACGCACAAGACCGCAAUUCGGAUUGUAAUUCGGCCGAUAUGCAGUUCGAUGGCAUGCAGCCAACAAUAUCAUUUCUGAAGCAGCAAAUGAUCAAAAAUAGCGACUCCUUGACACCAAUGCACUCGUCAACACUUACACCAAUGCACCUGCGCAAGGCGAAAUUGAUGUUCUUCUGGGUGCGCUACCCCAGUUCAGCAGUACUCAAGAUGUACUUCCCGGACAUCAAAUUCAACAAGAACAAUACAGCACAAUUGGUGAAAUGGUUCUCAAACUUCCGAGAAUUCUACUAUAUCCAAAUGGAGAAGUACGCGCGUCAGGCGGUGACUGAGGGUGUCAAGUGCGCCGAUGAGCUUCAUGUUGGCGGAGACAGCGAGUUGUAUCGGGUUCUGAACCUACAUUACAACCGCAAUAAUCACAUUGAGGUACCGCAAAAUUUCCGCUUUGUGAUAGAACAAACGCUGCGCGAAUUCUUUCGCGCCAUCCAAGGUGGCAAAGACACCGAACAAUCGUGGAAGAAGGCAAUCUAUAAAGUCAUAUCUCGUAUGGACGAUGCAGUGCCCGAGUAUUUCAAAUCGCCCAACUUUUUGGAACAAUUGGAAUAAGAGGAAAGUGAACGCAAUCGCGUUAUUCACAUGCUUCGCACAAAUUUGAAACGCAAAUCCAAAUCAAAUAAAUCUUCGAAAGUUUUAACGACAGGAAUCACAACAACAGGCACAACAGCUGCAGCAACUGUGCACUCAACAACCGAACCAAUGACAACGUUCGCAGCAAACGCAGUUACAGCUACAAUUACGCCAACUAAUGCAGUAGCAAAUUUAGCCAGCGUCGCUGCAGGCACAGCAUACCAACAAAAUUUGACGAGUAUAAAUUAAGUUGAACCUAAUAGUUUUGAUUUCCAUACCCCUAAUUAUAAAUAUUUGUUUAUAUGGAUAUACGAAAAUCAUUGCGCGAAAUUGACAAACAUGACGGCAAUUCAGAAACGACAUUACAAUUGACAUCAAACGAUUGCAUUUAGGCUUUUAAGGAAUACGAAAAAUAUAUGUUAUAUUCAUGUAAUGACGUUAAAGGCGUAGCCAUCUUUCUAAGCAAUAAACGCAAAAAAAUGCGAUUGCGAAGGGUGUGGCCAAACCAGGUUAUAAUGAAAUUUCGAACGAACAAAUUCCGACGAAUAUAUUAAAAGAUUUCGACAAAACGAUGAAGGUAAUUUAACAAGAUGCUGCAAGCAAAUCCUAAACUAAACUUCGCAAAUAUUUAUUAUUUUCACAACACUCGAAUACAUUCUCGCAACGCGAAUUGCGUUCACAAAAGUAAAAUAGACAAAGUAAAAGACGCAUAAAAGCAAACGAAAGGUCCUAAUUGUUAACGAUUGUUGGGUAUUUUGCAAAUCACUUCGGCAUGAUGAGCAACCAGAAAAUUUCAGCUUUAUUUUAUUAACAAAUAUGAAGAAAAACACAAUUCAUUAACGAUGCAUUCAUUCACAUUCUUCACUUUGAAGAAUGGCACCACAGCUUUAGCAACAUACGAAUACACACAACUCCCAAUACAUACGUGUAUAUACAUAUGCAUUACAUACUACACUUGCACAAACCUAUUAACAUUCAUAUAUUCAUACAUAAACAAUUGCCUUAUGUGACGUAAAUCGGGUAUUGAGAACCACUAAGUUCAUUCUCAAAGAGACACCACAAAAAUCCAAACAAAAAACGCACACAUAUACAUAUAUACAAUACUUAUUUACACCAGCUAUAACCAGUAUAGUGUAAACUGCAACUGCUAGAAAGAGACAAGCGUUAAAUUCCGAUCAUAACUUAAUGUGUUAUUCAGAAAUUUAAACCCAUCUUAACAAUAUACAUAUAUUGAGAUUAAGUUUUGUUUGCACACACCUACGUACUCACAAUCGGUAUAUAUUAAACACAUAUAUAUAUAUGUUAAAUAUAUAUAUGUAUUACAUGUCUAAACACUGGCAUUAUAAUACGGAGAAGUGACAUUUAUUGGUGUUAUUUGCCCACCGUUACGACACGAGUAGCUCAAAAAAUAGCCGGAAAUGUACCUAAUCACAAUUCACGAGCAAACACCGCGCUAAUUGUGACUAUGUUCAUUUCCGGUUAUCGAUUACACUUACACAUACAUUUUCAUUGAAUGAACGCCCAAAAUGGCUGCCUACAACGUCGCUGCUUACUCGCUGUAAUGUUGGCUUGCAUAUAUACGUUAUGUUAGUGUGAAUUGACGCCGACGUUUUUACAAUAUUCACAGUGAAAGUAAAGGCCUUUCUUGUAAAAAAUAUUCUACUUAUCAAAUGCUACUUUCGUAGUAGUAGUUUCUACUACCAUUUAAUAUGUCAUUGUCGAUGAAAUCAUUUUCUAUAAAAAAGGCCUUACGGUAUUUUUUCCAGAGUUGUGUUGUUUUCUUUUUAUUAUCUUCUACUUUGCACCAAUAUUGACACCUGAACUCACAAUUACCACAUUUUAAGUAUUUAUACAUACAUAGUAGGGCAACACAUUGUACACGUUUACACUAGUCUUUUCUUAAUUUUAAACUAGUUAAUAUGAAGUAAUUAAGUUUAAGUUGAAAGCACUUUUUUAUCAUUUUAAAAUGUUUAAGCUGUAUAUAUGCAUCUAGUUAUAGCGUUGCUUAAUUAUUAAGUUUUCAAAGAUUUGCCUUUAAUUUAGCAACCAUUAUAUUGUAUAAUAUAUUAUUUAUUCGAUUAAACCAAAUAUAUGUAACAUAAAUUGAUUUGAUGCGUUUUCUAGUUAUUUCGAAUUUUAUUUAUUUAUUUUUUUAUUUUUUUGCGCAAUUUCAAACAAAAUAUUAAUAGAUAGCGGGGGGAGCGUUCUAGCAUUAUAUAGAUGUUGGCUUUCACUAUGAAUUUUUUAGCAAAAUUCAAUUGUUCAAAGAUUUUGAACGCUAAAUUGUGUUUCAACAGCGGUUUCCACUUGGCAGACAACAAUAGACUUUCAGUUGGAUUUGUAUCAUACCUUUCUCUAACAUACCGAACUAUACUUCCUUCACAAGAGGCUUAACUUCAAAAGAAGGAGAAGUUCAAUCAAAAAAUAAUAUUUACAAUAUAUUUUUCAAAUUCGCACUUCUUUAGAAAAGCACAUCUAUCACCGACUGUAAUACAGUUUACUGACAUAAAGCACUGAUUUCGUGUUAGACAAAGUAUAAAAUAGUUUCUAUCUGGGUUCUAGGAGCUGUCUGUUAACAUCGAUGUUUUCAUAUAGUUGGAAGUUCUUUACAAUUAAUUAAUAUCAUUAUUUCCUUACAUUCAUAAACAUUUUACAAUUCCAUCCUUUUUCAUAUUUUUGUUUCGCAAUAAGUUGUUUCAGUUUUGUGUACAUAAGCAUUGGUAUUAUAAAAUCGUCGGAUCGCACUAAUAUGUAUAUACAGCCAAUAAAUGGAGUUCAAGCACUUCACAACAACAAUUCAACGAAGUGGGUGGAAAAAAAAAUGUUUUUUGUAAUUGGUAAUUGGUCAGAUUUGCGAAACAAAGAAAAAGCAUAUAAAAUUUGUUAGCACGCGGUAAGUUUCCUUGUUGUAUGUCCUGAAAGUGCUUGAAAUUUUUACAUGUUGUUGUAAAAAUAUUUAAACGACAAAGCGGAGAGCAACAGCAACACUGUUUGAAAAUUUAAACUCAGAAAUUAAUUAUAAUUAAAUGUAGAACGUUUUUGACUUAUCAUUUAUUUGUAUGCUAAGUUGGUUUAAGUGAUUUAAUACAAAAAAAUAGUUAUUUUUGUAUUGUUUUAUGCAGCUGCAGUGACAAAUUUCGUAUCUCAAUCGUUAAUUGUUAAUGCCUUUACUAAAUUUAUGACAUAAAUAUAAACUGAAAUAUGUUUCUUUGGCUUAAAACUUAAUUAUAAACGAAAAAAAACUACAAAUGUAACUGAUUUUGUGAUAAAAAUUCGAGGAGAACUCAUUAUGAUUUCGGAACAAACCAAUAUAGGCGCCUGCCGGAGUUAUUUGGAAUUACAACUCCCGGGCGUUUAUACAAAAUUCUUUUGUAAAAAAUAGUUAAUUGAAAUUUGGAAAACACUAUGUUAAAGAAAAAUAAUAAGAAAAACUUUUAGGAAAUUUUAAGGCAUUUUAACAAUAAACGUCAAGGAGACAAAAGAAAGAAACUAAAUUAUAACACAUGAAAUGUUUGGAUGAAACUUUAGGCAAAAUUUAUAUACGAUAUUAUUUGAAAAUUUGACAAAAAUCGAAAAUUCCUAAAUUCAAAAUUACUGCAAAUGAGAAUGCAUUAGAAUAAACGUAUGUAUUUACUCAAGUUUAUUUAAUACUUUAGUUAAUUUAUUUCUCGCUAAACUUUAAGUUGUUGAAUUGAUUUAAAUUUUUUUUAAGAAAUAUAUAUGUAAACAUUAGUAUUUAGAAAGAAAAAUCAAUACAUAGAUUUUCAAAAAAUGUAUGUAUGCAAGUUAAAGACCAUAAAUUUUGUUUGUAUUACUGGCAGAGGAGACUAAGAAAAUAUUUUAGAGUGCUGUCAGUGUGCAAAGUUAAUGCAUUAAAUAAACCGCAACCUAAUAGCAGUACAGUACAAAUGCAAGUACGCGCAUACAUACAUACAAACAAAUAAUGUUACAAUAAGUACAAUAUACGUUGAGUUUGAAGCCUAAGCGACUCUCAGUAUAAGUGAGCUACAAUCAUUACUACAACAAUACAAACAUGCUUACAUAAUUUUAUUACAAUAAAAUAAUUAUAUGCACACACACUCACACAAAACAUUAUAUUACAUAUUUAUACCAAAAAAUAAAACAUACAUAUAUAGUUUACCUAACAUUUUAAGUUACUUAAUUAAAUUACGAUUACUACAUAAGUUUAAAAUAAAUACAAACAACAAAAGAACUAAAUGAAAAGAGAAACAAAAACAAUACAACAAUAAAUACAAAAAUACAUGAACAACAAAAUUUGGCUAUUUUCUUUGGUUCUUAAAUUAUGUUUCGAAAUUAUUUUUCCAAGUAAACCAACACACAAAGUACACGAACGAAUUAUUUUAUGGUAUAUUUGGCGAUAACUGUAGCUGGAUUGGUUUAACAUUGUCAUACAGAAUACCGUAUUCUUGAAUUUGACCACCUUAUGCGGCUUGCAGUCCAAGGUUAAGUGAUUAUUAAAUUGGAAAACAAAAAUUAUUGUGGUUAAAGGCUAAGAAGAUGGGAUUUUUAGUGUAGCCGCAGCAACUACUCUUCGAAAAUUUACAAAUAUUGUUUAACGUAAAGCAUGAAGUAUGAUCGAUAAUUGGCCAACACAUCUUGAUACCGCAAAAACUAAAAAUUUAUUAUAUUUAUUUAUUUUUUCAAUUGACGAAUUGAGCCGAAAACGAAUAAUUUAUAGUGUUUUUCGAAUGUUUCCAAAUAUGUUCUACAAAUAUUAAUUAAGAUUUAAUAUUAUUUUUGGUAAGCCAAACGGUCAAGCGAUAGAGUUCCCAUAGUCAUAUUUAGAAGCAAGCAAAACAUUUUGGAAUUCUUCGGGUAAAACUUCGAAAUUCUUUUUGUUUUCCAUAUAAGACUUUUAGGAUUAAAAAUAAAUGAGCAUUUAACUUAUUGUCGGGAAACCAUAGAAGCUGAAUUCGAUUUGUCGUAAUUCUCAGGAGAUCCUAAAGGGAUCUACAGAUUGUGACAACUUUAACAUUAAACGGCUUUAGUGGAUGCGGAUACAUAUAAACAUGUCAAUACAAUAGCCCAUAACUAUUUUAAAUAAUUUGAAAGCAACUCUAGAAGCGUCACUGUUUACAAAACAUUUAACUUAUUGCAAAAUAAUAUUUUAUAGAAAAAUAUAUAUAUUUGGCUCGAUUCAUUUCUAAGUUUAGUUUAGUUUGGAAUGUUUUGGCAAAAGAAGUUUUGCAUCCAAUUCAAAACUACAAUUCAUUAAUUAAUGGCGGUCUAUAUUGAAAUUCAAUAACACACUUUAACAUUUCAUAUUUAUAGCAAUGCAGUUUACACUUUAAAAGCGGAAUAUUCAUUAAUAUUGUAUUCUAAUCAAACACAAAUAUUUCAAUACACGGACUGCAUUCAUAUACAUUUAUUUGAACGCAAAAUUUCGAAAAUUUAAUUCUUUGGGCAACAAAACAAAACAAAAAUAAGUAAACUAAAAAUUUUAACCGGAGUGUACAGUAACCCCGUUUGUAACCAGACAUCAGCAUGAGCGCAGUAUCCGGUAUGAGGAGCACUAUUAAGUUCCCACAAAAGGUACGAAAAAGUGUUCAACAUCAACCAACACGAAAAAAUGCCAACUGGUUACAAACUAAAUCAAACCUAAGAAUUACGAAUAAAUAACCGAUGCGGUCGUCAUAAACAACAAAACCAGCAAGGGCCUAACACCAGGAAAACUAAAACUACAAUAAUUACGAAACUUACAAACAAUUAACAAAGACAAGGUAAUAUCCGAAACCCCCAAAAUCGGAGAGCAACCAUUAUCUGCAAACAUAGCAUUCAAUAUACAUAAUCGUACAUACACUCACAACUACAAUAUUUAAUAUACAUAUAUGCAAUACAUAAUUGGAUACUUUGUACAUAAAAAGUAAUAGACAAAAAAUUAAAAAAAAAAAAUUAAAAACAUAUAAGCAAGCUGAAUAAUCGGGAGAUAAUAACGGCAUAAAAGACCUAGUAUGAAAACUCUUUUAACUAAAAGCGAUGACAGAGUAGUCAAACGAACAAUGCGGUACUGUAUUAGCCACAUUUUUAUAUAAAGUGAAAUCACCCUACAUCCAUCCAUGAGCUCCUUUAAAAUCCCACACAAUAUCCCGCAAUGUUCCACUCAAAAUAAUUACAAAAUAAUUAACCAUUUAAUACCGUAAAUUUAGUAAUUAGUAAAUUAAAAUGAUAAGCAAAUUAUAAACACUCAACUGAAAGCAGAGAAACAUAAAGGAAAAAUACUCCGUUAACGGCGUUCAUUGUGCAACACAAACAGUUUCAAAGUUGUUUCAACCAAUUUUGGAAAACUACAAACAGUGCAUAUAUAUCAUGUAAUUGAGAACUGUCAGUUAGAUGAGGCCAAAACAAAAGCUAACGGUUCUCCAAUUUUGGCAACACAAACAGUUUCGAUUACAAAAAUGCUAAGCGAAAAUAAAUACACACAUAAGAGUUUACAACAAAUGGAUGCAUGAAAUUCAUAAGUUUACUUUUAACAUUUCAUUUCACAUUCAACAUCCUGAGUUAGAAAAAGUCUGAUCACAUGAAGCGAUAAUUAAAGAAGUAAAAAAAGAAACAAACAAAUUCAAAACCAAAAAGAAUUAAUGAAAAACUUACGAACUAAUGCUCGUACACAAAGAAAGAGUCUCGUUAUAAAAAGCAUAAAAUAAGAAACAUAAAGAAUUGCGUUUUUUUAGUAGCAAACGCGAUUCGAUUCGAAAUUGUACAACUUUGGCGAAACCACACACACACUUUUGCAAAGCGGACAAGUCAAACGAAAUUUAAAUGAUAAAGCGUGUGGAAUUUUUAUCACUUAUUUGGCAAGAGUAAAAAAAACUAAAUAUUCUUGGAACAAAGUAACAAAAAAUAACAACAAAACAGAAACACAUUUGAAAAGAAAUCCAUUGGACCCACGUAAGGGGUUAAUCUUCUGUUCAAUACGCAAUAGAGAGACGCAGUGUGCACAGGCAUACCACACUGCGUGCUCAACCAGAAUAAGUUUUGAGAAAAAUGUAUGUAUACAAAUUUUACUUUUUGACUGUGCGUUGCACUGGUCCAACAUUACGCAUCCUUUUUUCAACUUGAGUUUCAUUUAUUCAACAAAAAUUUUCAUUUCAACAGAUACAAAUUAAUAAUAUAUAGUAAAACAUAACAAAUCAUAAAUUAACAAAAUUAGAAAGGCGCUAUGUGACAGCUGUGUCUUGGAUACCUUCAACUUUACUUUUCAUUAUAUAUGUACAUAUAUAUUUUUUCCCGUAAUUCCUAGGUGGAACAUAGGGCCUCAUUUCAAUGCGUCCAGCUUUCGCUUUCUCUGCUACAGAGUUUUUCUACUAAUGUCUGCAUUGUUUCUCAAAAUUAUUUUCAUUCAUUGCGUUAAAAUUAUUAACCAAAUUAUUGUGUAUAUUUCCUUUAAUCAAAAAUUUUAAUAUGAAAUAUAAUUGGCUUUAUUUAAAUAAUUUUUGUAAGAUGAUUUGAAUAUUAUGAAUAUAUAUACUGAUCUUAAGCGAUCCAAGCUGUCUGCACUAGCGCCAUUUAAAUUGUGGAGCAUAAUAUUUCGGCUGUCAAACAAAUUCGAAAUUCAACUGAUAUAUAUUCAUAAAACACGAAAUGAAAAAACAAAGUUGCAUAAAGGCACUAAAAAAAUAGCAAAACCACGGCAAAUGACACAAGUAAAACAAGACAACUAGUAGUUACGACAACAACAGAAAAAUGAAAACAUUGAAAAUAUUGAAAAGAACUGCUACACUUAAGUCGUUGAAUUUCAAGUUAAAAGCGUAAAACAAUAUUUGCAACCGCUCAACAGUUGCAGAAAAUAAAAAACAUACAAAAAUAAUAAUUUUCUGAAUUUAGUUUAAGACAACAACAAUAGCCCAGGGGAACAUUCACAACUCGAAUGUGAUAUUUUUAAUUUUCUCAACAAGAUGUUUAACAUACAUAUUUACAAACAUAAAAACAAUGUUUAUGCAACUUAGAAACAAAACUCCAUAUUGAAAUCCUAUAAUAUAUAAUUUAAUAUAACAACUCAAAACAAGUUGAUGACAAUACGAAGUAACCAAUUGGAACUUAAACAAAGCACAACUCCGCCGAACCGAAGGUUCUCCGGCCAUGUGCGUAUCAUAUCAAGCUCUUAAUUUCAAUGUUACUCCAUCCUGAUUUCGUGUAUUGUAAUAGAUGUGGUUAAAGAUCAACAUAGAAAAAAGUAUAUUAAAUAGUAAAGAUUUCAUAUACAAAAAAAAAAAAAAAAAAACAAAACAAAACAGAAAAUAAAAAAUUAAAAGAAAUAUUAAUAGACUUAAACAAACGAACUGUGGACUUGGAUCUUGGAUCCGAGGACAUGGGAAUACUGUGCCAUUUUAGUUGCAAUAGUGAAGAAUGUCGUACAGUGGGACUGUUGGGGGCUUUUCCUUGAACGCCAUUGACGGCAUUUCAAAACCGGAAUAAUUUAUAGUACAAUUUUAAAAAUACCAACAUAAAGUUUUAUAAAGCAAUUUAUAUUUUUAUACUAAACGAACAAAUAGCAUUGAAAUACAGUAAAGAAAUACGAAAUAGAAAGAAUUUAUGAAUGUCCAAUUCCCAUGAGAGGGGAAUUGAAGUUACGAUGUGAUUGCAGAGAGUUAGCCAUGAAUAACUUAAUACAAAACAAUAACUGAUAAAUAUCAUAAUAUAUGCAUGCAACACUAAAAAACGAAGACUUUUAUUUUCGAAUUAAUUUUUUUAGUUUUUUAACACAACAACCAAUUUAUUCUCAUUUGAUUUUCGCUCUUUGAAAGAGCAUAAGAAACUGCAAGAAAAAUGCUGCGACGACGAAAACUGAAUGGCUUGCAAAUGAAAUGCAGAAAAUACUAGAAAAAAAAUAUUAAAAAAAUUAAAAGAGUUUAGCAUAAUAACAGCAAACAUGGUCUAUUGCCGCUCGCCGUUCAGUUUCCGCGUCGUGUGCUACAUGAAUAACAGCAUGAAUUACAUAAAAUUCUAUAAAAACAAAGCAUUAACUACAAGAAGACCAACUUCAAACAUCAGCAUAAAAUAAGUGAUAAAAACGCUGUUAAUUUAGUAUAUUUUAGCAUAUUCGAUUUUAUUUGAAGCAAUUUCACAAUUGAUCAAUAAUUGGAAAACAUGUGUACCACAAGCAGUUGCGUGACAAAAACUGGCAAUUUUUUCGUAUCUACUCACCGUUAGUGUCUUGGGAUGAUUAAAGCAACAAACCAAUAUGAUUUCCGUUAAUAAAGUUGUCAAAGAAUUUUAAUACAACGACAACGCUGCAAACAUUUUGAACGAAUAUUUAGUUUUCGGUUAUUUUUUUUGCAAUAACUACUUAACUUACUUACAUACAUAUAUACAGAUAUAAAUGUUUUGAUUCAAUGCUAUGGCAGUCUGAUGGGGUGGGAAGAAAUACAAUGACUUAUUGGUCAUACCGCUGGCAUGGAGUAAACAGCAAAGUUGCAACAAUUUUUUGGUUUGCACAAACAAAUGAAAUAGCAAUAAACUGAUGAGAAUAAUAAUAAUACGUAAAUUAAGCAAUGCAAUAGCCCAGUGACUUAGAUAUAAUUUUUAUAAGCAGGUGCACAUCAGACAACUCAAAUAAACCGCCGAGUGUCUGAGUGCACUACGACAGGUACAAACUACAUAAACCAAAUAAAUUGGCAAUAAUAAAUUUUUUUCCACGCGAAUCUUUUGCUGUCUUUACAAAGUGCCAAAGCGCUUGGCCAACAAGUCUGUAGGUGCAUAUGCCCCCUUAGAAUAUACAUACGAAGAAGCACAAGCACUCAACCGAUGCUUGACAGACGCCAUACGCAACAAAAACAAAUACCGCAAUAGUACAAUCACAAUGUAUUUAUAGUAAAAAGUAAAAAAAAAGAAGUGAUAUAAUAGAAAUAUAUAUAAACACAACAAUAGCCCAGUGAAGUUUUCAAUACAGAAGCAUUUUCAGUUCAGUUGCUAUCGCAUACACAUACACCUAGUGGGCGUUACAAAAAAUUGUCAGCACGAGAGUAAAAUUUGAAAGUCCAAGAAAACAGGAUUUGCCAAAUAUGAUUGGUUAAAUCUUCAGUAGCAAACGAAAAACGCAAUAGCGCAAUAAGCUGCAACAACAAAAUGUACGCCGAAAUUUCGUGUAAAAAGAAAGUUUGAGAUCUAGAAAAUCGAUAACCGACAAUUUGAAGAGAUCGAUAAGUAUGUUUUCUAUUGAAAAAAUUGGUUUUUCAAUUAAAUGAUAAUAGAAGUAAUCAUGCCAAAAGUAUAACACAAUUCUUAAGACGUAACUUAAUAAAUUGUGUAAAAUGAGUGCAUAAAAACACAUUAUCUACAUAUAUUAUAUACAGAGACUGCAAACAAAUGUGAUCAGAUAUUUUAAUAGUUUAUGUAUAAAAACAAAACAGUAAAAAAUAAAGCAACAUACUAAAGAAGAAAACAGUAUGAAAAGUAAUAAAUAAUAAAUAAAUUAGCGUAACACACAGUGUACACUUCUACGUACAAACAAAUGUAUAUUGAAAUAUUGAAAUAUUGAAAUUGUAAGUGAAAAGAAGAUGUUCAUUCUAAAACAGCCAACAGCAAAAUCAAAAUCUAUAGCAUUUCAAUAAAAAAUAUAUGAACAGCAAUUUAUAUGCGUACAUACAUACAUAUAAACUAAGUCAAUAUUAACACAUAAGUGAGCCAAUUGCAAACGUUUUGCUUAUAUUUUACAAUAGCAUAUCAAAGAGUAGGCGCUCCUUCAUAGCCUAUCCAAAGGCGCAACAGUGCUUGGGAACGGCUGAGCGCCGAUCAAUUACCAAUUCAUUUUACAAUAGCUAACGGUAUAUGGCACAUCUGAGAGUCAUUUAACGAAGGUGCAAUUGUGCUGCGUUCGCUAGGUGAAUCGAAGACGUGCCAUUGCCAUAAGGGAACCAAGGUGAUUGAAGCUGGCUGUGUAGCACCCACUUGUUGAGUGUGGCCUCGGCAAGCUAAACAAUCGAAGUUACAACAAUCAUAUUGCUUUCAAAUAUGCUUAAGUUGUAUUAAUACAAUAACAAAAUUUUAUGUUCGAAAUGUCAAUGCAAUUGUUUUUUCUUAAUUUCAAAAAAGCAAACCGAACCCAAAAGUUUUGUUAAUAUUGAAAUGGGUUUCAACACAUGUGGGGAAAUUAAGUGCUGUGGUUUCACGUUUACGUGAAGGUGCAUGUGAGACAAGUUUACACUUCAAAUGCAAAAAAAAUUCACUGAACUUCCACAGCUUUUCUGAGCUUUCACUAAUUCAGAUGGCACCACCAGCACUUUCGACAAGCGCUGUAGGAAGAGGAAAAAACAAACCAACAGUAAAUCAACGAAAAUCAAAAAUUAGGAGUCAUAUAAUCACAUUUACAUUAUAUUAUAUGAGUUUAUAUGUAUUCAGUUCCAACAACAAACACAUUGGCCCUUAACAACUUUUGUUUGAAAUGAAAGAAGUUUUUAAAAAACAAAAUAAACAAUUUAUUAUUUCCAACAAUAGUGCCGAAAUAUUUCUACAAAGAAUAUUAUUAUGAAAUAAGCAUUUUAUAAGGUUAAUGUGUAGUUAAAGAAAUUAACAACAUAAGACAAGCUAAUGAUACAAGAACUUAAUUAACAAAAUACAUAAAAAAACCGAAAACAAAAACAAAAUAGAAAAACUAAAAAUGCUGCAUGCAACUGAACAUUGGCAGCUUUGAAACUGUUUGUGUGCAAAUUCCACAAAAGGGAGUGAAUUUUCUAAAAAAAAUUAUUAAUGCAAAUAAGUGAAGAAACACUAAUAUACAGUCAGUCAUUUGAACACUAACAGACACCAAAUAACACAUCCAUAUAUAACAAUAUUCUUAAUAGGUACGUAGGUAAAGUAAGUAAGUAUACAUAAAAUAUUAUUGCUUGCCAUAUAAACAGUAGUUGAUAUUCGAAAUUAAACGAGUUGAGAGAAAUAUGCAUUUUUAAGCGAAAUAAUUAAAAGCUAUGCCAAUUAGCAUUACCACAAAAAUUCGAUACUAUCAAAUAUGUUAUAGAAGUUAUCAUUUGCCAAUGUUAAGUUGUUAAUUUAAACUCAACGUUAUCAAAAAAAUUGUGGAACAUUUCAGGCAGCAUUAAAUAAGAAUUCAAUAAAUUAUGUUAUGAUAUAAUUUUCAAGAAUUCUACAAGUACAUGGCAUAUGAACUUGUGUUUCAAAAUCCACUUUAAUAUGAAAAAAUUUUAUGUCGCUUAAAAGCAUGUGCCACGAGCGAUAUUCCAAAUCAGCACACACUCUCUCUCUCUCUCAAUUUGCAAUAAAUGAAAAAUAAAUUCAUUCCUACCUUAACUCAUAUUACAUAAGACAGCAGAAAACAGAAAACAGAUAUCAAAAUAAUAGAUUCAUUUAUGUAUAAUCUAAACGCAUUGGCAAGGCAAUGCAAUACACAAAAUAUAACCAACCAGCAGGACAGAAAUACUACAAUGGUUGCCCAAAGAGAAGCGUACAGCAAAUAGUACAGUGAACCACAAUGACAUUGGAUUAAGUUCAGCACACCCAAUUACUCGAUAAUAUCAAAACACACAAAACAAAAAAAAAAAAUAAAACAAAAAACAAAAUAUGAUAAAACAAGUAUUUACUAAAUCCGAUAUGAGCCCUUCCCUCAAUAAAAACGUAUAUAUUUACUAAAAAAAAAUCAUCAUAUAUGCAGCAUUAAUAACUUAAUGAGACCACGUAACGAAUAAGAUUCGUCACGCCACUAACACACCCACAUAAUACAUAUAAACAACUAAUAGUUUAACAAAAGUUAUUAUUUGCAUGUUCGAGCGAAACCUAUGAACACAUUUUAGGCAAAAAAUCAUUAGAAAUUCUGGAAAAAUAUUUUUCAAUCAGAUCGUUUAUAAAGCUGGCGUCAAGCCGUCAUUUCGAAGUAAUAAAAAAAAAAUAUGUCUUCAUUUGAAUAUCUUCACGAACUAUAUAAAAACAGGCAUACAUAUGUGAACAGUAUAAUACAGAAGUGUCGCCAUUUAGCAAUCGCCAACACGAAAUAUCAUAGUUUAUGGACUUCAAAUCAAAUAUGGAUGUCGUUCUGUGUAUGUAUCAGAAUUCAAAAAACAAAAAAAAAAACAAAAAACACAAGCUUGUUGUAUAACUCCUGUUAAGACAUUUCUCUAGCAUUUUUACAUUAGUACAUACACAUACUAUACAACGAUUGAAGUUAAUAGUAAUUUCAUUUGAAAAAUCGAAGUGUUUCAUAAAAUAUGCGAACGAUUGAUUCUCUUUGCACACGAAUUUGAAAAACAUAAAAAUCACAAAUAAAUAACCUAGAAUGCACGAAAUUACGUAUUUUGGCUAAAUGAAGUUUAAACACCAAGCAAUUCCAGUUUGGCAGGGCCUAAAUUAAAAUUUAAUGCACUUAACCUAUGUUAAAGACAAUUCUGUAGUCGUUGGAUCAGCUAUCCUUGCACUGCUGAGUCGGAUACUCUAUUUAUGAAGUGGCUACCGAGGUACAUACAUAUGUAAGUACGUUCAGUAUGCUUUUAAACUUUCGACGGUUUCCUUUGGGUUCUCGUCAAACUGGAAUUGUGUGUAUUGAAUAUGUAAAUGUUUAAAUUUUUAACACUUACCUAAGUAAUAUUAUUUUCUUUUAGACAUUUAUUUGCUUUUCGGUUUUUGUUACAUAUUUUUUCUUUUCAAUUCCCUCAUGAAUUUCGUAUGAAUAUUAACACAAUUUAGAAGGCAUUGUACAUAUAUAUAUAUAUGUAUGUAUACAAUGUAUAAGUUUUGAUGAUAAACGUUUCGGCUUGAAAUAAAGAUUUUGGCAUAAAUUCGUUUUAUUAGAUAGAUCAAGAAACGAAGGAGAAAUUUAUGAUAAAAUAAGUAAUAUUAAUAUAAACUUGCGUGGACUUAAAAUAAAAUCAAAUAAAAUAAUAUAAAAAAUAAAUACGCAGAAGUGGCUUCUGAACUAAUAGGUAAGAGUGAUAAUAGAGUACUUUUGAUAAUAAAAAAUUUAAAUCCUGGACAUAACUUUGGCAAAUCUUUGUAACAAAUGCGGACAUUUAAAAGCGACGAAUAUUCCCGGAUAAAGCGAUAAAUAACAAAUAUAUAAAACAAAAAACCAAAAAUGUGACAAAUUUGAAAUGAUUAAGAAAACGUAAGAGAUUACGGAAAUCUACCAGCGACCGGAUAUACAUAACAGAUGUCGAAAAGCGCGACAUCUACUGCUUAAGGGCGUCGUUAGAGGGUGUAUGCACAAAAAAACAUGAAACUAAAUGUAGUUGUACUAAUUUAAAUGAAUUAUAACCUAAAUUAACUUAAAUUAAUAUGUUUAGGUAUAAGAUGUAAAACUAGUAAGAAACACGAGAACUUUCGGUAAUGUUCCUAUAUAUUAUAUGCGUAUAGAGAGUAUACAACAAAUUAAAGGAAAUUGACAAUUUAGACGUACAUUUAGGCACUUUAGGUACAUUUUCGGACUUGAAUGUUGGAGAAAAAAAUAAAAACAAAAACAAAAACAGCGUAAAAUAAAAUAAAAAAGACAAAUAGAAAUUUACAAAAUUUUGAUGGAACAAAAAUGAGCAAAUGCUAUUUGAUAUAAAAACAUAUAAAUUUGCAUAACAUCCUCUGACGUGCAGCCGCGACAUCUAAUAUACUACAGCUCAACAUGUUAGCCGAACAUAAUACACUGCAAUUCCAGCUAGUACUCGUUAAAUACAAUUUACAGAAAAUCUGUGAAAAUGUGCAGAAGUAAACAUGAAAUAUGCAAUAUUAUAAUUUACAGGCAGAAUUCUUCAUCUUUUCUUAAUUUACCAGCUUUAGUUUUGUUCGAAUCCCGUUGAUGACACAACAAAUCAAACGCAAAAUACAGAUUUUUACUAGAAAAUGUUGACUUUCUUUACUUCACAUUACGAUGACGUUAUGAAUUAUUAAAUGUACUUUUAUCAUGACAAACUUAGCGGAAGAGCGUAUAAUUGGAACUCGAUUUACAAAAAAUGUAGCAUCAAAAAUGAAUAUACAAAAAAAAGUUCUGGAACAUAAAUUCAGGAAACCUCUCGGCCACCUUUGGAUAAUUCUCUCUCGGUGUAAGUCAAGGACAAAAACAUUCAAAAACUCUAUUCAAAAAUUAUAACAAAAAAAGCUAAAAUUAAAAUUAAAAGCAAAGCCAAAAACAAAACUCAAAAAUUACUUAAAAAAUUACAAAAUUUUGGAAGUCAAAAUUUCGUAGAAACAAAAUUUGUGGAAAAGCGCUGGAAAAGUUGAGAUGCAUUUUAUGGGCAAAUAUGAGGAACUAUGGAAAAAAUUUAAUAUAUCACGAAAAAAGUACAAGCUUAUUUUAAGCACCUUCGCGCCUUAUCUUUAAGAAACAAAAAUAAACGACAUAAACACUAAAAUUAAAAUAAAAACGAAAAAACCCAAAAUAAAUUAAAUGAAUAACAAAAGUGUAAAUUAUUGUGAACAAUCUAAAAGAAAACAUUUUUUGAAUCCCAAAGCGAACAAAAGUGAUUUCAAGAAAUGAAAUUUAUUUCAAUUUAUUUAACGUACUCUGGUGAACAAAAAUUAAAGUUUCGAUGUUAAAAAUCAAUUCUAAUUUGCGUUUUUAUACCGUUUUCGCAUUGACUCAAUUGUUUAGAUAAACCACAUAAAAAUUUCUCCAAAUCAUUUUUCUCAUUCAACUAGAUUACUACCAUUUCUGCGAACAAAUAUAGCAACUAAAUUAUCAAAACAAAAUAUCUGCCUUAAAUUAUAUUUUCAACAAUUGGAAUUAAAACAACUAAACAAUAUAACUCAACAAACAAAAAUAGCAGUCUAAAAUCAACAACAAUAAGGGUAACCGUUAUACCCAUGUAAGCAAACAAAAUCACUAGUAAUCGCAACGAUUCCAAAAUAAAAGCACAACCAAGUGAACGACAAAAUCCAAACCAAUUAAUAACAACAAUAAGCCAGCCAAAAUUAGCGAAAUCUCAGCAAAAUUCAAAAAUUACCGUAAUCGCAAAAUUAUCAAAAAAUAUAAUAGAAAUGAUGGAAAUAAAUCAAAAACAAAAAACAAACAAACCAAGCAAUAAAUAAACGACAACUUUUGCCGGCGACUGAGCCUCUUCGUUGAAUACUGAAAGGCCCAGCGGGGGAACUCGCAAGCUAAGCGAAAGCGAUAGCCAAUUUUUCCUGGGAGACUUAUCUGAGACCAGAGGCUGGAAAGUCGCCGGUUAGCCGACGAAAGAUGUUUUAUUUAUUUACAAAAUUCAAAAUCAUAAUCAAAAUCAAAAUCGGAGAAGAUAAAUUCCACUACUAAAGCAGAUUUCAAAAAUGAAAAUAUUGCACAGUGCAUUGUAAACAAUAUGCUUGCAUUUAUAAGUGUAUUACAUAGUUUGAUUUCCACUGAGUUACAACUUUUUGACAUUCAUUUAUUCAUUAUUACUCCUAACUUUUCAUUUUGAUCACAGAUUUUUCAACGACAUCUACAUAACAAAAGCAAAAAGCAAAAAUUAGAAAGGUGUAUUCUAUGUUAUUACCAUAUAUGUAAGUAAACAUUGAAACAAAAGAGAAACUGAUAAAUUUAGAAGCAAAAUAAAAUUUAUAUAAACAUUGCUCAACGAUUCAAAAAGACAAACAAAAUUCUAAUAUUAAAAAACACUGCGAAAAAAAAUUAAGAAAAAUUAAUUAACAAAAAAAAUAUAUAUAUCUACUUUAAAAUAUUUUGUUUAAUUGUAAUUAAAUAAAAAAUACUAUAUGUUGUGACAUCGUGUUAAAUGAUCUUUAGUUAACGCAUUCUUCAUUCACUUGGAAGAGUGAUGGGAGGUAAACGAAAGCUAAACAAAACCAAAAACAAUGAAAGUAAAAUAUUCGAGGGAUGUGUGCACAUUAUGUUAGGAUAAAAACAGAAACAGCUAAGAAAAUACGAUUAAGGAAAAUUCAAUUUUAAGCCCAAAUUACUUCAACCUACUUUUUAACUGUAUGUAAACACAGAAUGUAGCAUUUAUGAUUAUUGUAUAACUGGAUAGGUCAUAAACUUAUAAGCCUCUCUACUUGGAUGAAACGUAGAAGGUCAAUAAUAGUUGCAUAUCUGCAGCACAAUACGAUAUAAAAACAAAACUUAUAAAGAUUAUAUAAAACACAUCCAUAAAUCAGUAAAGACAAAAAUUAGUUUUAAUAUUAAAUAUUAUUGGCUUUAUGAAAAAUAUACAUGCAUACAUUUGUGCAAACAAUGCAAAUAUGUAAGUCACAACAAGAACAAGGACUUUAUAAACUAUAACUGUGUAUAACAAACUUACAUUUAACGUACAGACUUUAACAUAUACACGAGACGACAUAUACAUACAUACAUCCAUACAUGCAUACAUGCAUACAUUCAUACUAUAAAUAUGCAUGUCACUCACAUAUAUGAACACAUACAUACAUACAUAGAUACGUAUGUGUAUAUUAUUAAGUAAGUAAAAGUAUAUAUGUAAACUUGUACCACGUUCCAUAAGCAUACAUACGAAAUUACAAAUCAAACACAUACAUUUACAUAUGUACAUUUGUUCAUACAGCAAUACAUACAUAUAUAAUUAUGUCUAAUUUAAACAUGACGGAAUAUGUACCAUAUUAAUCAAGUUCGAACGCUAAACUGCUAACCGAAACACAUCAGCUCUUCCCGUGUGCUAGCGGCAUAACAUUUAUUGCACAGAAUAUGUACAUAUGUAUUGAAGCAAUACCAAAUAAUAUGCAUAUUUGACAAUGGCAUAUACAUACUUACAUAUAUCUAAGUAGCUGUGGCUCCGUACCUCAUCCACAGUUUGAAAAUGUAAUUUACAAAUUAUUUCACACCGGUUUUGUGUUAUUUAAAGUCUUUACCGCGGAUGUUUCUUGAGUUAUAUCUUUUACAGCACUACACCAAAUAGGAGUUAACAGAUCGUUUGAAUUGUAACUCCAUUACGUAAAUAUAUUAAUUUCUAUUAAUUUCAACUUUAUUUUAACUGCAGACGAGUACUCUCAAAGGUGUCAGACAGAUCGACAGUGUUCCCGAACGAAUUCGUUUAUAGAAAAGACGACUCUGUCAUUAGAUAGUAAAAAUGUAUUGCAAAAGUGUCUGCUUUGUAAAAAGAGUUACUUUGAGGAGCUCGUUAGAAAACAAAAAAAAAAAAAUAAUAAUAAUAAACAACAAAACAUUUUGCGCUCUAAUUCGUAGAAUUGAACGAUUCUCAAGUCAAUCAAAUAACAAUAACUGGAUCUACAUUGAUAUAAACAACGUUAAGAGGCAAUAGCAUUGAUAUGGAAGGCGACACAAACCAAUUUAAACUAACCGGCAACUGAUUUUUUGUUCAAAAUGCAGUUUUCGAAGAAUGCGGACAAUUUUAGAAUAGUAAGACAAGUUUCGACAAUACCUUUGGCAAAUUCAUUUGGAAUCACUUUAGGAUUUUCAUGAUUACUUUAAGCAAACAUUGAACAACCACAACAGCCACAAAAACAUCCAACUUUACCAUGAGCAGCAAAUGUAAACAUAAACGAAUCGCACAUGGGCCAAAUCGUCCGAUCUAAAGUGCCUUCAAAACAAAUACUUAAAAAACGUUGAUUUUUUAAUAAAAAUAACAAACAAAAAAAACAGAAAAAUUUUAGAAAAAUUAAAAAAUUAAAUUAAAAAAUAAAAACGAAAUGAAUCGUAGAAAAUGAAUGAAUGAUUAACAAAAAAACAAAAACGGGCCCAAAAUAGACCAAAACAAAAAUCAAAAUCUUCACUUCUACAAAUUAGAGCGCAAUUUGUAUAUAUUUUGUUAACCACAAACGACUACAUUUAUUUCAAACACAAAAAAAUAUAAAAAACGAAACCGUAGUAGGUAUGAUGGAUGAGCGUAUGGAACUCAGAUAUGACCCCGUUCCCAAAAUUUAGUUAUUCUAUCAUUUAGUAGUGGUAAACUCUAACUAAUGAAAUCUCAUUAGUUACUCACUACACUUUUUUGAGAAUUCAAAAUUUUUGGCAAGCAAAAAAUUAAGAACAAGAAAAUACUAAAUAAUUCAGAAUAGAGUAUACAUAAAUUAAUUUAAACAACUUAAAGAAAUCCACUAGGUAUAAGCAUAUGAGAACCUGUUAGGACUAAAUUAAUCAAGUGUAGGAUAUACAUACAUACAUGCGGAUGUUAAAUCAAUCAAAAUUUGAGAAUGCAGAGCUACUACAGCACAGAACUGUAUAGCUUGGCGGAAUAUAUGUAUAUACAUACAAGUAUAUGCACAAAAGCACAUUUGGGCUUUCAUUAGCACCGCAAAUAAAAACAUAAUGAAAAAUAAUAAAAACUAAAGAAAAACAUAUUAAAAUGGGCGUUAACUAAAUUUAAUUCAUUGUAAAAUGUGCUAGCAAGCAUAUUUUGGAUCGAUAGAAAGAAACAUCAAGCAACUAAUUAACUACUUUAAUUAUAAGCAAUUAGUAAAGAACCUUAAGAAGUGUUGUCUUGUCUUACAUAUGCCAGGCCCUGUCAAUAAUAAAACAACAAAGGUCAUUUUAUAAUACUAAACAAAAAUAUUUUCUCCGAAAAGUAACAUAAAGCAGAGUCUGAUGUGUUUCGAGGCUUAAGCGGCUGCGAAAAUUCCAUGAACAUUAAAUCGUUUCAAAUCUAAAACUACAACAGAAUUGAUUGACUGAAAAUGAGCAAAAUUUAAUAUAAUAAACAGCUGCUAAAACACUGUUCAUCUUCUAUAUUACUUUUGUUAAAAAGAGAAUUUUUAUUAAUGUUAUUUUGGUAGUGAACACGUUUCACACUCUUUCUAUAAUAUGGUAUUGUACUCGCAAGUGUAAUGCUUUAGCAAUUUGAUGGAAAACCAUUCUCCCACAAUACAAAUCAUGCAAUUUUAUUAUCACCAUCAAAGUAUAUUUGAAAGAGUAUUGUAUAUUUAAGUUCGAAUUGCUCAUACCAUAAUUAAUUGAGAACUUUAUGUUCAUGUUUUUCAACAACAACAACAAGAAGACAAUUAGUAAAUAAAAACGUUAUUUAGUUAAACUGCAAUAGACCGGAAUUAUUUCCAUGAGAUAGUACAAACAAAUUUAGGAUUAGCAUUUAUAUGUAUACAUAUGUAUAUGAAUCGCUUUAUGCGUUAAUGAGCAAAGCCAAACACGAAGAGCUAUAAGCCAAAAAAAAAAAAAAAAAACAAACAUAAAUAAAAUACACAUUUAGCAGAGGAGUUGUGCCAGCAGAAAUUAGCCGCUGCUAGUUCAUUUACUCAAGUGCAACAACUUGAACAGGAUAUUUUCUUACCAAGCUAUUCACAAUUGGAGUCGAAAAUGUGAAAAGCUUCAAUAAUUGUAUUUAUUAAAUAUUUUUCUUAAGUUUUCUCAUCAAUACAUUGAGUUAAACUUUUUCCGAAUUGCACCAAAAUAAUUUAUAUUUUAACGAAAUUUUACAUAAACUUUACUUAAGUAUAACUAUACUGAAUUUGCACUUCAAAUUACAAAUGUUUUAGUAAGAGCGUAAUUCUCAGUUAUCAUGGAACUAGUUUGGUUUUAGUUAAGUUCGGAUGCACGAUCUUGCAUCUUCAUUGUAUUGUAAUGUUCAUUGUGGACACAGAAACACACAUGCAUAACACAUUUGUACACAUAGAGUAAGCGAGAACUUGAUCGCUUAAAAGUUUGUAAGUAAGCAAAAUUGAAUAUUUGGAAUAUGUAGAAAAAAAAACAUGUAAAGAAAUUAUACAUACAUGCAUAAGUUGUAUUUACCCAAGGAAAGUGACAACUUUAGAUUCAAACAAUAAAGCAAAAAUAUAAGUAAAAUAACAAAAGCAAAAAACAAAAAACAAAAACAAAAAAACAGAACCCAAAAAUGGCGAAAAAUAAUGCAGAUAAGAAC